AUGAACAACAUUGUUGUGAAGAGGUCAAAUCAACAAAAUAUUUUGGAGGAGCUCAGGAGAAACAGUGUGGACUGUUUGGUAACAGAUAGACAGCAUACAGACUCACAACCAUGCCAACAGGCAAUAGAAGACAACCCUGUUGUUAAGUAUAGGAGGUAUGGGUCUUGUCUGGGCGGGGUCAAAGUUUGCCACAAGCGCCAGGCGCUUCAGGACAUGGCGAGGCCUCUUAAGCAGUGGCUGUACAAACACAAGGAAAACCCCUACCCCACCAAGACAGAGAAGGUCCUGCUCGCCCUGGGGUCCCACAUGACUUUAGUACAGGUCUCAAACUGGUUUGCCAAUGCCCGGCGGAGAUUGAAGAACACAGUGAGUCAGCCAGAUUUAAGUUGGGCUCUACGGAUCAAACUCUACAAUAAAUACAUCCAGGGCAACGCUGAGAGAAUGAGUGUCAGCAGUGAAGACACCAACUCUGAGGAUGAUGAGUGUCACUUACAAACUCCAGCUAGCCAAGCAGAGCUCUCCAGGCCCUCACUUAAGAGUGUCAUCAAACAGGAGAACAGGACUGAUCCUGCCUUCAGUGACGACUAUGUCUCUCCACCCCCCAAGUACAAGAGCAGCUUGCUGAACCGGUACAUUAACGACACCCUACGACACGUGAUGGCAACCCCUGAUGACGUCACAAAGUCCCACCUGAGGAACCACUCAGGGUCGUUCAGCUCCAACGAGUGUGACGACGACCUCAUCUCGCCUUCUUCCUCUGAGGCAGAGGCAAACUCUCUCUACCAUAUGGACACAGUGAACUAUGCAUCAACUAGAUGUGACAGUGAGGGGAAGAGUGAGAGAGGCCAGAGGAGGGAGGAGGCAGAGUGGAGAGAGAUCCACGCUGCCAUGGCUCUGACUAACUUGGCCCAGGGGCAGUGCUGCGCCACAGGGACUACCACCACCAGCUGCAUCAUCCAAAAGUCCUCCCACAUCUCAGAAAUAAAGACUGUCAAAGUGUCCCUGCCAAACAAUGUCUAG